GGAAGGAAGGAAGGAAGGAAGGAAGGAAGGACGAAUUUAUUGGUAUGUCACUGUACUCUCACUGUACACAGAAAAGGAGGAGAGCGAGAAAGGAGGACAUAAAAGGAGUGAGAAAAGAGAAAGACAGAAGAUGCUAUGAAUGAAUUAUACAAGAAGGUAAUUAAGAAUGGGAGAUGAGAAAGAGAGAAAGAAAACAACAGCAAAGGAGAUGAGCAGCUCUCAAGGACCUUACCUCUAAUAUCUGGACGAAGCUGGUUGUCAAGAGCCCCUGCCUCGAUUACAAUACCCGCGGUCCGACGCUAAUCCCGCGUAAGUCGAGUUCGUGGAUCCGGCUUGUUAUUCCUGCUGUCUGCCUCCGGAAGGUUCUUGCGACUAAUCAGAAGGCGUAAAGAAGAGGGAACAGGAAAAAAAAAACAAAACCCCCAAAUAAUAAAAUGAAAGACGAGCAGGGUUGGAAGAGAAAAAGCAGAGGAGACAGCCAUGACGGAGCGGAGGCAGAGGCGCUGUCGCUGUCGCGUGUGCGGCGGCGGAGCAGCGCACGGUGUCGCUGCAGGCUCAGGAACGGCUCCGUGUGGGCGGCUCCGCCCCGGUGCGGCGGAGAGCCCGGCUGUGAGCGCGGGGGGGCGGCGCGGGCCGGGCAGCAGAGCCGGUGCGUGCGGGCGGCGGCGGGGAGCCGUGCGGGGCCCGGGCCGGGGCCGGCAGCCACAGCGGCGGCGGCGGCGGCGGCGGCGGCAGGGAGGAUGGGCGAGCGCUGCUGUGCGGCGGUGCUGCGGGUGCUGGUGCUGCUGCAGGCGGCCUGGGCGCUGGCGGGCGGGCAGGUGCGCUACUCGGUGCCGGAGGAAGCCAAGGCCGGCACGGUGGUGGGCCGUCUGGCGCAGGACCUGGGCCUGGAGGCGGGCGAGGCGGAGGCGCGGCGGCUGCGGCUGGUGGCGCAGGGCCGGCGGGCGAGCGUGGAGGUGAGCGGGGCGAGCGGCGCGCUGCUGGUGAGCUCGCGGCUCGACCGGGAGGAGCUGUGCGGCAAGAGCGCGCCGUGCGCGCUGCGCCUGGAGGUGCUGCUGGAGCGGCCGCUGCGCGUCUUCCAUGUGCAGCUGGAGGUCACCGACAUCAACGACAAUGCCCCCGUGUUCCCCGCCGCCCGCAGAAACCUCAGCAUCGCGGAAUUCAACACUCUGCCGGGUUCUCGUUUCCCGCUGGAGGGCGCGUCGGAUGCGGAUAUCGGAGCGAAUGCGCAGCUCUCCUACACACUCAGCCCCAGCGAAUAUUUUACACUUGAUGUUAAAUCGUCUGAUGAAAACAGGAAGUCUCUGUUUCUGGUACUCACAAAGUCUUUAGACCGCGAGACGAUUCCCGUGCACCGGUUGGUGCUGACGGCGAGUGACGGAGGCCGGCCGUCUCUGACGGGCACCAUGGAGCUGGUGAUCUCGGUGCUGGAUGCGAACGACAACGCGCCCCAGUUCAACCAGUCGGUGUAUGAAGUGCAGGUACCGGAGAACGCUACAGAGGGGACGCUCGUAGCACGUGUGAAUGCCACGGAUCCUGACGCAGGAAGCAAUAAGCAGUUUUCUUACAGCAUCUUGAGUUCGACUCCUAUCGGUAAUAAAGAACUCUUUACCAUUGACACCAAGACGGGCGACAUCAGACUGAAGGGUACUUUGGACUUCGAAGGCGUUAGUUUACAUGAAUUGCAAAUCGAAGCCACAGAUAAAGGGACGCCUCCGCUGUCGGGACACUGCAGCGUGGAACUGAAGGUGCUGGACGUGAACGACAACGCGCCGGAGGUGUGGGUGACGUCGCUGUCGGUGCCGGUGCCCGAGGACGCGUCGGUGGGGACGGUGGUGGCCCUGCUGAGCGUGUCGGACCGGGACUCGGGGGAGAACGGGCGCGUGCGGUGCUGGGUGUGGCCGGCGUCGCCGUUCGGUCUGGAGGCGACGUUCGCGGGCUCGUACUCGCUGGUGCUGCGCGAGGCGCUGGACCGGGAGCGGGUGUCGGAGUACGAGGUGGAGGUGCGUGCGGAGGACGGCGGGGCGCCGGCGCUGCGCGCCAGCCGCGGGCUGCGGGUGCCGGUGUCGGACGUGAACGACAACGCGCCCGCGUUCGCGCAGGCCGUGUACACGGUGCUGGCGCGGGAGAACAACGCGGCGGGCGCGGAGCUGGCGCGGCUGUGGGCGCGGGACCCGGACGAGGCGGGCAACGGGCGCGUCAGCUACUCGGUGUGGGAGGGCGGCGCGGCGGCGGGGUCGUCGUCGUCGUCGGGCGGCGGGUGGCGGCCGGCGUCGAGCUACGUGUCGGUGGACGCGGAGAGCGGGCGUCUGUGGGCGCUGCAGCCCUUGGACUACGAGGAGCUGCAGGUGCUGCAGUUCGAGGUGCGCGCGGUGGACGCGGGGCAGCCGCCGCUGAGCGGCAACGCCACGGUGCAGCUCUUCGUGCUGGACGAGAACGACAACGCGCCGGCGCUGCUGCCGCCCGCGGGCUCGGCCCCGGAGGCGGGCGCCGUGGAGGCCGAGGAGGCGGCGGCGGCGGCGGCGGCGGCUGUGGUGGCCAAGAUCCGCGCCGUGGACGCCGACUCGGGCUACAACGCGUGGCUGCGCUACGAGCUGUGGGAGCCGCGGGGCAAGGGCCCGUUCCGCGUGGGGCUCUACAGCGGCGAGGUGAGCACGGCGCGGGCGCUGGACGAGGCGGACGGGCCUCGCCACAGGCUGCUGAUCGUCGUGCGCGACCACGGCGAGCCGGCGCGCUCGGCCACGGCCACGCUCAGCGUGUCGCUGCUCGAGGCGGCCGAGGCGGCGCUGGCCGCGGGAUCCUCGUCGUCGUCGUCGUCGUCGCUGUCGCGCUCGGCCGUGGGCGUGGAGCUGGGGCCCGGGGCGGCGAGCGCGGCCACCAACGUGUGGCUGGUGGUGGCCAUCUGCGCCGUGUCCAGCCUGUUCCUGCUGGCCGUGGUGCUGUACGGGGCGUCGCGCUGGGCGCCGCGGGCGGCCGUGCUCUCGGGGCCCGGCCCCACGACGCUCGUGUGCGCCAGCGAAGUGGGCAGCUGGUCGUACUCGCAGCGCCACAGCCGCAGCCUGUGCGUGGCGGACGGCGCCGCCAAGAGCGACCUCAUGGUUUUCAGCCCCAACUUCCCUCCGCCGCCGCCGCCCGGCCCCGCGCCCAAGGACACGCAGCCGGAGCCCUCCGCCCUCCUCGACACGGUCAGUGGUCCUUCCUUUCUUGCUCUGUCUCCUCUCACCCCCCUCCUGGACAGUUUUUGCCUGGAGCCGAGCCGCGCACUCGCGGCGCGUGGGCGGUCCGUGUUUCGUGGUCGUUUAUCCUCUGAGUGCUGGUUGUAUUAUCCCUCAUCUUCAGUGGCUGUAGUGUUUUGCAUCCCAGCCGAUUUUGUGUGCCGCUGUGAUCGUCUCUCUUCAUUUUUCCCUGUUAAGGAAAGGAGCUCUACAAAAUAUUUAAAUCUUGCUGCCCUCGGUGCAAAGUUGAAUGAAAUACCUUUUUUGUCUUGCAGCGUCUCAAGAGUCUGGCCUUUUUGAUGGCACUGAGAGUGAAAUUCCUAUAUAUGUCACUAUCUUCUCUGUUUUUUAAUUUUAGUACCUUCAGUGGCUGUUGCAGAAUCAGUCGCAAUCUGUCUUGAAGCCACAUCUUUUUCUUGCCUACUCAGCUUUGCAGUCCCCUGCAGUGAAAAUAUUUUGCCAGCUUCCUUCAGAGUAAUCAACUCUUUCUGCAGUUCUUUUCUGCAGACCUGUAUUUGAACUCUGCUCCAUAGGGUGAUACCUCCUGUAAUCUUUGAUACAUCACUGUCUGUGACUUUCUGAGAUCCCCUAAUGAGUUAUUAAAUGGAACAAUUUUUGAUAAAGAUUUCUGCCUGACUGCAGUGAUUGCCUUAUCUUGCUGGUGUUAUCAGGUCUGGUUUGCUUCCAUCUGUGGCAUUAAUCAGAAGUCUGACUGCCUCUUUCAGUCUUUCAUUUUCAAUGGAGUAUCUUCACUUUCCUACAUUUCCUUGUCUUGCAAGUGGAGCAUUUCUAAUUAAUUUCUGGCUUUUGACUGCUGUGAAUUGCUGAUUUCCGGUCUUUUCUUACUCAGAAGUCCGUCCUUUUCUUUGAUUCACCUUUGAAACAGAAAUCUAUAUAUAAAGUUCCUGCCUCUUCACCAUGCAUGGCAUAUAUUAGUUUGUGAAGUACUACAGAAUUACUACGGACAUGAAAAGACAGAUGCAUUUCACAGUUUCCCCUUCUAAGUAUGAUUGAAAUGCUCUUUCUAAUGCAAGGUACUUAAUUACAGAAAAAACCACAAACCAAAGUAGGUGUCAAAAUGUGCAGCUGUAGUGCUAGACUGAGCAAAACAUAUCGGUAGAGGACUUGGUUUUGGUGGAUUAAAGUAUUUGUAGGUGCGCCUCAGUUUGGUUUCUGACUUGGGUAGUCCCAUGUACACAGCAGUCAUAGGCAUUGUAUUU